AUGUCUUUCCACCCCUCGCCUGACAUCAAAAUUUCCCUUACCCCAAUGGACGACAUGGAGCUGGUAGAUACUGUCCCCCUCAAGAUCCCCGAUUCCCUAUCACCCUACGAAAGCCUUGGGGCUUCAAAUUGGAAAACCCUAACUUCCUUCGUACCGUUACUUCAGGUUCUUCCAGCUCUAUCCGUGCAGCAAAACGAAUACGUCCUUAACGGUGUUGUAACGAAGGAAUCGUGGAACCAACUCCAAUCGUUUGCCAAAGUCGUCGAGGAAUUUUACCUUUCGGACGCUGAGGGGGACCCACAACCUCGUGUCGCAUCUUUAACUUAUCUUCGCCUCGCACAGUUUCAAGGUUCCGUUCCUCUAUUUCCGUCGCUCCGUCGUCUUCAAAUUGUCAACGCUACCGCUUCCCUAUCACACUCCUUCCUCCUUCUUUCCCCCUCUCUUGACUAUCUUGAAAUAUCGGGGUUCCCUCCGUCCCACGCUCACCUCAUUGGGUCUUUCUUGACAACUCUCUCAGACGAAGAAGGGUUAUCGUUGAAAUCUCUUGUUCUUGGCCCCAGUUUGCUUGAUUCGGUGUCGUUGAGGUCAAUCUACCGCUUUAAAGAUCUACUAUCAUUGAAAUUGAAUGGCGCUGCAUCGCACUGGGACAGCCAAUUGCUAGGAAGCAUUGGUACCCUUCCCAAGCUCCUUGAGCUUGUCGUUGAUGGAGAUGAUGCGGAAUACCAUGCUGACCAUUCUCCUCUUCCGCAUGAUAACGUAAAUGAUACGAAAGUUGGCGAGGGGUCUCCUGUACUCGGCUCGUUUAACUCUCCCCCUACCCAAGCGUACUCUGAUUUCGUCCAUCGUUGCAUCCCCGAUUUUGGAUCAGGAUCGCAGCCUUUCCCAAAUCCAGUUUCUCCACAUCAGAAAAACGUCGAGUAUGACUUUGACGGCUUUGUAGGGAUAUCCCCUGGUGAUUCCAGGCUUGAGACGCAGUAUACUAUACGCGCAGCAAAACCACUCCAAUCCACAACGGCCGCCAUACCAGGCAGCCCAUCUACUUGCUCCUCAGCGCUUCCGAAAUUAUCAAAUUUAGGCAUUGCUGGAUUCAAGACUCUGAGAACACUUAGUGUUACCGGAUCGUCAUCGUUAAUUCACGAAAUUUUGUCCCGUAUUGCGUCGCUUGACUUGGAUGCCGUCACCCUGGUCAUUCAUCUAUCCCAGGCUGAACAGACUGUACCUCAACCUUCUACUGGUUCUAGGAAAAAGGGAAAGCUUAGUUCGAAACGUUGCUCCGAACAGCCUCGCAGUGACCCUCCUGAUGACCGGCUUUUGGCUUUAUCGUCCAGGAUUGCCUCCCAAUGGGCAAAUUGUAUUCGUGUUGUUGACAUGAAACCUUUCCGUUCUCAACCACUGUCUCUUUUCAGCGGACCAACAAAUGCAAUAUCCUCCCUCACGCCAUGCGAAGUCUUGGAGGUUCUUGAUUUCCGUGGAUGGAGUUUUGGUCCAUCGCUGAACAACACCAUGUCCGAUCUUACUCACUCCUGGCCGAAACUUACGUCGCUUUAUCUUCCGGCCGAUCACAUCACUAUACCUACUCUCCGCAUCCUCGCCCUGUCCUGCCCUCUUCUCAAUAUUCUUGAAGCCAAUAUUAGUCUCGACGAUAUCCCCCCGAUCGAUUCCACAAAGGGAUAUACCCUUUCGCAUCCGCUUAAAGUCUUGUCUGCCGGAGACAGUGGCACUACAAUCCCAAACUCCCGAGUUUUACUUCUUGUCGCCCGCCAUCUUAAUAUCCUCUUCCCUUAUGUUGAGGUCACAACGCACGAGAACAAUGCCGAACAGUGGCUUCAGAUCGGAGAGUUCGUCGAGGUAUUCCAGGCAGUCCGGAAAGACGACGCCGACCGAGUUGCAUGAGGCUUGAAGGGCGACUGGUAGAAGUCUGAGACCUGAUGCGAAAGAGACUUAUAUUAGACUGUUAUUCAUGUUCUGAGAAUGUUUGGC